AUGCAGGGCGAUAAUGGAGUGGUCAACAUCGCACCGGACCAACCCUCUCUGAACGCCCAUGAUGUACCCGCGCCGAAAGCUGAUCUCGUUCGCCAGCUCGCAGGCGGAGGAUCCAGCAGCAAUGAGGGUGGGCUGAUUGCGCAGCUGUCCAACAACCCUCUCUUCACAGGUGGAUUUGCCCUUGCAGGCCUUGGUGCACUUGCAGCAACAGCCCGUAGAGGCUUCAAGCAGGGAGCCCACCUGCUGCGACGACGUCUUCUCGUCGAUGUCGAGAUCAAUGUUCGAGACGACUCCUACCCGUGGUUUCUGGAUUGGAUGACACAUCACGAACAGAUGAGACUGGCAGUGAAAGAGUCCGGCAAGAAGCAGGGCGUCUUCGAUUCCAUCCUCAGCCGAAUCACGCCGGGCAUACACCAUCUGUCUAUCAAAACAGAAAAACAAGAGUUGCCCAACGGUGCCCUCCAUACGAAUUUCUACCUCAUUCCAGGCCCGGGGAGACACGUUCUCCGGUAUAGGAAUGCUUGGAUAUGGGUCAAUAGGCAAAGAGAAGCCAAGCAAGUCUCGAUGGAUGGGAAGCCCUGGGAGACGGUCACCCUGACGACCUUGUAUGCCCACCGACACGUCUUUGAGUCGAUGUUCAAAGAGGCGGCCGAUCUCGCUACGCAGGCGGUGGAGGGCAAGACGGUCAUCUACACUGCUUGGGGUACAAGAUGGGAUAAGUUCGGCCAUCCUCGAAGCAAGCGACCUCUUGAGUCUGUGAUCCUGGAUGAAGGAGUGAAGGAAAGAAUUGUGGAGGAUGUACAAGACUUUCUUUCCUCGGCGAAGUGGUACUACGAACGAGGUAUCCCCUAUCGGCGAGGCUACCUCCUCUAUGGCCCUCCAGGAACCGGCAAAUCUUCCUUCAUCCAAGCUUUGGCCGGACAUCUGAAUUAUGACAUCGCCAUGCUGAACCUGAGUGAGCGUGGUCUUACAGAUGAUCGCCUCAAUCAUCUGUUGACAGUGAUACCGCAAAGAACACUGAUUCUGCUUGAAGACGUUGACGCAGCGUUUUCCAAUCGCCGUCAGGUUGAGGCGGAUGGCUACGCAGGUGCGAAUGUGACCUUCUCCGGGCUUCUGAAUGCUUUAGAUGGUGUCGCAAGUGCAGAAGAGCGAAUCAUCUUUCUCACCACCAACCAUGUGGAUCGACUCGAUGAAGCCUUGGUUCGCCCUGGACGAGUGGAUUUGACAGUUCGUCUUGGUGAGGCUACCACGUACCAGAUCUCCCAGCUGUGGGAGCGCUUCUAUGGUGAGGCUGAUCCGGAGGGGAAACUCAAACAACAGUUCCUCGAACGCUUACUUGAAAUCGGAGCGCUGCCGGACGCCAAAGCCAGAGUUAGUCGAGCCAGCAUGGCCGCAUUACAAGGCUUAUUCUUGUACAAUAAGGGCGACCCUUCAGGUGCGGUUGAGAUGGCAUGGCAGUUGGCACCAGGAGAAUUGCCUACUGUGCUGCCAAAGUCGCAGACUCAAGCAUCAUGA